AUGAGGAAAGCUGGCUGGAACAGAAAGAACUUUCUGCUUUUGGCAGGACUGUCAGUUAUAGGUGUCCAUUUUGGAAGCAUGCUCGUGAACUUUGUUGCAAAAAAAUCUGCUCGAUCACAUUCAGAAGCUAAAAAGGAAGAUCGUCGUGAAUGAAAUUGCUGUGAAUGAAAUUGCUGUAAAUGAAUUUGCUCACAAUCUACCUGUUAAUGAGGCUUAAAAGCUGUUGUGAAAUUGAUACGUAAUGACAGCAAUGAUCGAUCACAGAAAUGGGGUUAUUGAUGUUUAAAAUAGUAAUCCUUAGCUGUAAAGAAUUCAAAUGUGCUACUGUAAAUUUGAAAAGUGCUAUGAGUUAUCGAGCCAAGUAAAAAUGGUACCUGUUUUGUUGGCCAGAAGUAA